AUGCCAAGAUGGCAGUUGUCGUGCGCAUGCGCAGUACGAAUUUGGAGCUGAGUCUCAAUUUAAUUUGCAAGUGGUCGACAGUAGAGGUGCGGCACUCUUUCAUCCAUGAUCCCGCACCCCUGGUGCAGGUAGGACCUUCUCCUUUCUCUGCAACAGGCCACAUUUUAAGUUCGAAAAUGUCAGAGUUGGCCGAAGGAGCCAUGACUAUGGAAGAAGAGCGGGAAAUGGAUGACAAAGUUGUCAGUACAGAGAAAGCAGAAGAAGCCAAGAUAAAGGUCAUGCAUCCCAAUCUUGGAGCUAGACCGGGAGGUUCAGAUUUUCUGAGAAAACGACUUCAGAAAGGGCUAAAGUAUUUUGAUUCUGGCGAUUACAACAUGGCCAAGGCCAAAAUGAAGAAUAAACACUUGCCAUUAGCCCCAACAGAGAAGGCUCAGAUCACAGGUGGUCACAUCCCGACACCUCAGGACCUGCCUCAGAGAAAGACCUCUAUUGCGACAAGCAAACUGGCUGAGCGAUGAGUGUUUUUGUAGCUUUAUUAUAGCUCGGUAUAGCUCGUUUGGUAGAGCGGCCGUGCCAGCAACUUGAUGGUUCCAGGUUCGUUUCCCGCUUUGGCCAUCCUAGUCACUGCCGUUGUGUACUUGGGCAAGACACUUUACCCACCUGCUCCCAGGGCCACCCACACUGGUUUAAAUGGAACUUCGAUAUUGGGUUUCACUAUGUAAAGCGCUUUGAGUCACUAGAGAAAAGCGCUAUAUAUAAAUAUAAUUCACUUAUUACCGUUCUAACCACUCAGUAUAAGCUACUUGCUUUCAACAUUUCCAUUGUUUUUACCCCAGAAUGCAUCCUUUUUGAAAAAGUUCCAAACCACACACACAACAGAGAGAAAUGGCCACUCAGACACCAAAUUUAGACUUUUGUCAUCCAGCACACAAAUUCAAAAAUGUUUUUCAAGCUCAUACAAUGUAAUUUGAUUCAUAUGUUUGCUUGCACUUGAAACGAGGACGGAAUGUGUGCUGCCUUAUUUUGGCAUAGUAUUUUGACCAAUAAAAUACAAUAGUAGUAAAAAAUAUAUACCCCUUGUUGAAUAUAAGUGCAGUUGUCCUCACUUUUGCUUAUACAAUAGUAGCAUUGUGUCACAAUACUUAAUAUAGGGAACAUAUAAUCUACAUUCAAUUUGCUCAGUUACAUUUUUUAAGAAAUGAUGUUCACGUGUUGGAAAAAUGUUAGUUCAAAUGGCCUUCAUUUUUUCUGGCAAGCCCACUUAAAAUGUUCAUGUACGCUUCCAAAGUACUUACAAUCUGUUUGUUGAUAGAAUUUUAAUGGCUGUCAAUGACUGUGGUUUCCAUCUCAUCCUGACUUCUGCUCCAGAAUGGCCUUAAAUGACGUGAACCAAUGUUCUUCAGCAAUAUUUGCUAUAAGUAAGACUUGUGUAUCUAGCCACUGGUUCACAUGAAUUGUUAAGGAUUUUAAUGGAAGGAAACCUCCUGUAUGUGUCUGGGGUAUGCAUGUGCAGCCAUCACUGUGCCAUUUGUUUUGUAAAUAAAAUAGUUUUGCAUUAUA